AUGAACCUAAAAUUAGUCUAUAUAUCUGUAAUGAUGUUUGGAGUAGCAGGUCUACUCCUCUUCAUGUAUCUGCAAACCUGGAUUGAAGAACAACAUACAGUUUCUGAAGAAAAAAUACAACCGCAAACAAUUAAUCAGGGCUUCAAAAUCUAUUCGGCAGAGGAAUCUGAAAGAACAAAAUAUUGGAUCGCUGUUGGGAAUCUUAGCAAACCAAGUAAAGCUGUUGCCAAGAAUGGACAUAAUCUAGAAAAUGUUAGCCCUCUGCUACAGAGCCCAGUUUCUAUGACCACCAAAAUAUCCGAAGAGCUGCAGAAGGUUACAUUUCUGCUUAAACAGUUCAAGCAAGUAAAUUUACCACCAGCCAUGCACCCUCUGAACAAGAAUUUCAUCAAAGAUAAUCGCUGGAAAGCCACAGAUGAAAUGCAAGAGGAACGAAGGUCUUUCCUAUACAAUUUCUGCAAAAAAUAUCUUCGAGAACACAGACCUCGGACUCAUCUUAUGCGCAUGGUUUCCAGAAUAUAUGUGGAAGAACAACACAAGCUCCUGUACUGCGAAGUUCCUAAGGCAGGCUGUUCCAACUGGAAACGAGUAUUGAUGGUUCUCAGUGGCCUUGCCAAAUCAGCUGCUAAUAUUAGCCAUGAUGCUGUGCACUAUGGAAAACAUCUGAAGAAACUGGACAGCUAUGAUUUGAAAGGAAUACACAUGCGUUUAAAGACAUACACCAAAGUUAUAUUUGUACGGGAUCCCAUGGAAAGGUUAGUUUCUGCAUUUAGAGAUAAGUUUGAGCAUCCAAACAGCUACUACCAUCCUGUGUUUGGCAAGGCAAUUAUUAAGAAAUACAGACUUAAUGCUGACGGAGAGGCAUUGAAAACAGGCUCAGGAGUCAGGUUUAAAGAAUUUGUCCAAUAUUUAUUAGAUUCCCAUCGGCCAGUAGGUAUGGACACUCACUGGGAGCAGAUCAACAAACUUUGCUAUCCUUGUGUUAUCGGUUAUGAUUUCAUUGGCAAAUUUGAAACAGUGGAAGAAGAUGCUAAUUAUUUUUUGAGAUUGAUAGGUGCUCCAGAAGGGUUGACAUUUCCUAAUUUCAAAGACAGACAUUCCACUGACAAAAGGACAAAUUUAGAAGUUGUGAGAAAGCACUUAGAAGAGAUUCCUGACAGUGAGAGGCAGAAAAUGUAUGACUUCUAUUAUCUGGACUAUCUGAUGUUCAACUAUACUGUGCCGUAUACAGAGGCUUGAUUUGCCUGAAUACUUAAGCAAUUUUAGAAUUUAG